CUGACAGAUUUCUAAAUGCAACAAAGUGGAGGAUAUUAUUAUAAGUUUUUAAUAUUUUGUGCUGAUAUUCGCAAUCCUAAUAGAAAAAAAGUAAUUAAUAAAUCUUAUUUAUAGUUAGCUCAAACUUUGAUAAAUUGGCAUUAAGAUUACAAAGUAACAGUUAUAAAAAUUAUUAUUAACUAUAUAUUAUUAUUAACUAUACAUACCUCUUAAUUAAACACUUCCAAACAGUUAUGAAAUGCUAAAUUAAAAGGGUAUUUAUAAUUGAAGCUUAUAAAACUCGAUAUAACCAUGCAACGUGAAGAAAAACAAUUAGAAGCUACAUUGCAUGCCAUUUUAAAUAGAGUGAAUGAUCUUAAAUCUGCUAUACAGGGAUUAAUAGCAAAAUUAGAAACUGAAUAUGAAACAAUAAAUUGGCCUACGUUUCUUGAUAAUUAUGCUAUAUUGUCUGGGCAUUUGACUGGCUUAAGCAAAAUUCUUCAAAAUGAAUUAGCUCCAUCAUUAAGAUCAGUUGUAGUGUUGCCUUUACAACUGGGAUGUGAGCGUGAUGAGGAACUAGCAAGACUGUCAGAAGGAAGAGUGCCAGCUUGCACUCAUGACUUAGUCCCAGAUCUGCUACGUACAAAACCUGAGCCACAAGCAGAGCAAAGGUUACAGCAGUUAAACCACAAAGCUAGCACAUUAAGCUAUGAUACUGCUCAGAAACAAGUAGCCCAGUUCACAAAAGUUGUAAGCCAUGUAUGGGAAAUUAUAUCUAAAGGUCGCGAAGACUGGGAAGGAGAAUCAAUGAGAUCUGCAGGUAUACAACCAACACAUAGCAUAGCUGACACCCAUGCUUUAGUAACAGCAGUAGGAACUGGUAAAGGUCUCCGACCAGGAAUGCAACCUAUUGGACCACCUGGUGUUGGAACACCAGGGAUGGGUCAAGCUCGAGGCCCAACUCCUCAGAUGGGUCCCGCGACUCCUACCAUGCCAAAAGCACCUUCGGCAAUUAAGACCAAUAUCAAGGCUGCAAACCAAAUUCAUCCAUAUCAACGAUAACUUAUGGAAAUAUGAAAAUUAUAAUUAUCAUUAAAUAAAAUUUGUAAAGCUUAGUAAUUUUUAUUUAAAUUAGUUUUAUAAGAACUAAAAUUAUUUCGUGUCUUAACUAAAGCAAUACAAGCUCUAAUGCAAUUAUUAUAAUGUAAACAAACAAAUAAGCCAUUCAAUUUUGCACUUCAUGAAUAAUUUUUUUUAUUCAUAUUGGACAUAACAUAUAUGAUAAAAAUGAUGCAGGUUUUUUUGUACACAAUCUCUUAAUUGUAUGGGAUUAAAAAUACCGAUAUUUGUUUCUCAUAUGCAUUCUUUUUAAAAAUAAAGUAACUCUUUUUUUCUACAAAUUAUUAUCUGAAAAUUGUGUACAACAAAAUCAACACCAUUAUUUCUGACACAAUGUCAAGAAAACUUAAUUAUAAAAUUUGCAACAUAUUUCACAAAUACCAUGA